AUGAUGAAGAUGGCCUCCUCCUCCUCACACCUCCUGCUGCUCCUCUCUCUCUCCGCCUCGCUCUGCUGCUGCUCAGCCACCCAGAGAGACUCCAAACUGCUGCUGCUGCACCGGAGCCCGCUCAAACAGGAGUUGUCCCGCGCGUCGCUGGCCGAGCUGCUGCUGUCCGACCUGCUGCAGGAGAACGAGGCUCUGGAGGAGGACGGGUUCCCUGCUGCUGGAGAACCGGAGAACAUCCGUUUGGAUCUGGAACGCGCCGCCGCCGCCGGGCCGCUGCUGACCCCCCGGGAGAGGAAGGCCGGCUGCAAGAACUUCUUCUGGAAGACCUUCACUUCCUGUUAACCCCCCCAUUCACUUCCUGUUAACCCCCCCAUUCACUUCCUGUUAACCCCCCCAUUCACUUCCUGUUAACCCCCCCAUUAACUUCAUGUUAACCCCCCCCAUUCACUUCCU